UCCUUCAAAAUGUGGUUCUAUCUGGUGACCCUUGUGAUCCUUUACCAACUUCUGCGUUGGUACCGUGAGAGGCAGGUGGUGAGCCAUCUCCAAGACAAGCAUGUCUUCAUCACGGGCUGUGACUCGGGCUUUGGGAACCUGCUGGCCAGACAGCUGGACAGGAGAGGCAUGAGGGUGCUGGCUGCAUGUCUGACAGAAAACGGAGCUGAGGAGCUGAGGAGCAAGACAUCAGACAGGCUGGAGACAGUGAUCCUCGAUGUCACCAAGACAGAGAGCAUUGUGGCAGCCACUCAGUGGGUGAAGGAGCGUGUUGGGAACAAAGGACUCUGGGGUUUGGUUAAUAACGCAGGCGUUUUCCCACCAUUUGCUUACAUGGAGUGGCUGAAACCCGAGGACUACAUGGCUGCCUUUCAAGUGAACCUGUUUGGUUUGAUCCAGGUGACUUUGAGCAUGCUUCCCCUGGUGAAGAAGGCUCGGGGCAGGAUCGUCAAUGUCUCCAGCGCUUUGGGAAGAAUUGCUUUUUGUGCAGGAUUCUACAGUUGCUCCAAGUAUGGAGUUGAAGCAUUUUCAGAUGUACUAAGGUGUGAGAUUCGAGAUUUUGGGGUGAAAGUCAGCAUAAUUGAACCUGGGAGCUUCAGAACUGGAAUGACCAAUGCAGACUUAGUCCUUGAGAGAAGCAAGAAAGUCUGGGAAGCAGCCCCCAAGCAUGUCAAGGAAGCCUACGGAGAGCAGUUUUUUUAUGAUUUUUGCAGAGAUGUCAAACAAAACUUUGGGAAGUGCAGCGUCGACCUGAGCCAGGUCACAGACUGCAUGGAGCACGCGCUGACCUCCAGGCACCCACGCACCCGAUAUCCCGCGGGCUGGGACGCCCAGUUUAUCUUCAUCCCUCUCUCUUAUUUGCCUACGUCACUGACAGACUACAUAUUCAGAUCUAGGUGCAAGCCAGCUCAAGCGGUCUGA